AUGCAUUCGGUUUCUGAAAUCUCUGUAAAGAUCGAGAAUCAGGACGGAGUUAUGAUGAGCACGAAAGAUCAAUCGCGAGAUAUGGAAAAGGCAACUUUGACGAGCAAGACCCCACGUCAACAUGGUGGAAAUCGCAUUUUAUCGAGUCAGGCACGAAGCGAGUUAAUCGCCAGAAAUCACCAAGGGACCGCGUCCUGCACGAGCUUCUACCUCUUCUUCUCCAGCACGUUUCUGUUUACCAUGGCGGGCACGUUGCUGUCCACCGGCGUCUGGUGCUUCCUGGUUAGGCUACCCAUGAUCCAUCUGGCGCGCGAGCCCUCGAGGAUCGUCGUCGUCCUCAGCGGUUAUGUCUUCGCUGCCGGUACACUCACGUUGCCUGCCUCAUGCAUCCUGUAUCGGGAGCAUAACGUGACUCGGGGCCGCCGUACGUUGCUUCCGAUGAUAAUAAUGCUGUGCAUGAGUAUAAUUUUCUUAAUUUGCGGCGCCACUCACGGAAUCGUGUACCGUAAAUCAUAUCACCCUCUUUUUCAAGAAUCCGCACCAGCGCAACAGGACAAGGGUUUAUUAAUAUCGCAGCGGGAACGCGCAGCGCUUCCAUUCGAGACACUGCGCGGACGGAUUAAUGCCGCGCUUACUUCUCGUUUACGAGAUUACCCAAACUACUCGUCCGCCUGGGAUUUAAUGCAGACACGCCUGCAGUGUUGCGGAAUUAACGAUGCGAGCGACUGGACCAGAUAUCCUGGUUUGCCCGAGCCCCCUCCGUCCUGCUAUUCCACGAGCCUCGAUGAAGACGAUAGGAGGAGCAUGUGGAAAACAGGCUGUCUCGAUGCGAUAGCGUUGGAUUUGGCCUGGAUCACCGCGUAUGUGGUGGGACUGUGCUUCAUGUCGAUCCCGUCACAUAUUCUGGCUAUUGUAUCGGCCGGGAUACUUUUGUGGAUCUCAGAACGAACAACGGUCUCCAAUGGCUAA